UUAGAAUUCUGGCCUCAGUAUCAGCUCACCGGGUUAAUUAUAUGUUGGGUAAAAAAAAGCAUUUCCUUUUGUCAGUGUUAAAUUUGCUGCUUUUCGAUGUUACAGAAUGUCCCAUGUUCUUGUAUUAUGAGAAAGGGUAAAAAGAGGCACAUGAUUUACCUGCUCUAUAGUCACCAUUCUAUACUACCUCUUAGUCAUCUCCUCUCUAAAGUGAACAGUUCCAAAUCCUACAAGACACAUACUCCAGGAACAACAGAUCCUCUAGAGAGAGGAGGACUAGCCGUUUAUGGGAUGAAAUGGCUAAAAUAGUCUCGGCACCAAAUCAAAACGGAAAAGCACCCAAGAGAUACAGCUCAUGUGGAAUACUUCAAAUAGGACUGUCAAAGCUAGGAGCAUUCCGCACAGAAGUCACCUUGUUCAAAUUGCUACAAAAUCAUCCCUGUUAGAGAACCCUCAUGUCUUGGACCUCCAAUGCUGUUAUGUUCUCUGACGUGCCAGACUUAGACACCGAAAGGGCUAAAACCCAAAUGGAAACUCCCAUGAAUUCCUAGCCCGCUCUCCCACCCGACAGGGCACAGGUGAGUGGAAAGAAGUCUCCUCCCCACCCCUUUUUUGGCCUAAGUCUAUGUUGAUUUCAGCCCGUAGGCACUUGAUAUGAACAGAUUAGCUGGGAGGGGCCAGAAUGCUGUGUACGGCUGCAGGGGGGUGGAGGUACACAGGAGAAAAGAUAUUUAAGAUGCUGAGAGAGAGAGACUUCCAGAGUGCACAGACUCCUACAGGAAAGUGCUGCAGAAGUCCCCUUUAGACUCCACCUUCACUGAGCGAGAGGGGGAGAGAAACAGAGUUAGGGCACCAGCGUGCUGUAGCACUUUCAGAAGAGUUUCACACGUGCCCCUGCUGCACUCACAGCAUCUGCAGUGGACUCAGAGAACUCAGGAGUUCUCACUGCUGAGAGUGAAAAUGCCAGUGAAAGUCUCUAUGCAACUGGCAUGGCUCUGUGUUAUCACCUUGUCCUUGGCCAUCUACCCAGUGUGGCUGCAGAAGCCUCCCAAGAGGAGAACGACCAGCGGGAACACCCAGCUCAAACUGAUGGGCUGCUGUGAUGAGAUGAAGGACCUCAAGCUGCAGAUAGCCAACCUGAGCACCAUGCUGGGGACGCUGAGCAAGAAGCAGGAAGACGACUGGAUGAAUGUGGUUAUGCAGGUGAUGGAGCUGGAAGGGAGCACCAAGCAGAUGGAGUCCCGGCUCACCGAAGCUGAGAGCAAGUACUCUGAAAUUAACAGCCAGAUAGACAUCAUGCAGCUGCAGGCAGCCCAGACGGUCACACAAACCUCAGCUGUAGAUGCUGUUUAUGACUGCUCAUCUCUUUACCAGAAGAAUUACAGAAUCUCCGGUGUUUACAAGCUGCCUCCAGAUGAAUUCUUGGGGAGCCCUGACCUAGAGGUGUAUUGUGACAUGGAGACAGACGGUGGUGGCUGGACCAUCAUCCAGAGGCGCAAAGUUGGCCUGAUCUCUUUCAACAGAGAUUGGAAACAAUACAAGGAAGGAUUUGGCAAUAUCCGGGGAGAUUUCUGGCUAGGGAAUGAAAAUAUCUAUCGGCUCUCCAGGCGCCCAACCCUGCUGCGAGUAGAGCUGGAGGACUGGGAAGGCAACAUCCGCUAUGCACAAUAUAACCAGUUCACCCUGAGCAACGAGUUUAAUAGCUACCGCCUUUUCCUGGGGAACUACACCGGCAACACAGGGCAUGACUCCCUGAGGUACCACAACAACACAGCCUUCAGCACCAAGGACAAGGACAACGACAAGUGCGUGGAUGACUGUGCCGCGCUCCGUAAAGGUGGAUACUGGUACAGCUGCUGCACAGAUUCCAACCUGAAUGGGGUUUACUACCGCAAAGGGGAACACACCAAAAACAUGGAUGGAAUCACCUGGUACGGCUGGCAUGGCUCAACCUACUCUCUGAAAAGAGUCGAGAUGAAGAUCCGCCCAGAGGAUUUCAAACUCUAGGGGGAAGCAACACUCAAUUGUAAAGCUACGGUGAAAAUGCUGCACUGAGAGGAAACAGCCUGAAAACUCAUAACCAGCCACUGAAAUGGUUUAACUUCAUCUAGAAAGUGUGCGAACGCAAGCGCUACAUACACUGACUAUGCAUCACACAUUAGUUCUGAGGCAGACUCGGGAGAGAGGAAAG